AUGACAGAAGCAACGUCGUUCUACCGGACAACGCACCCCAGGACCCUUUCUGCAUCCUCCGCAUCGUCGUCGAUUUCCCUAUCCUCCCUAUCCUCGUCGUGCUCGUAUUCAUCCGCCAGAGUUAUGCGUCGCCCCAACAACGCACUCUGUGACAAAAAGGGCCCAGGUUACCUCAACACCGAUGCACGACCUCAAGUGCCCUCAUCAGCAAUGAAUUUGGAGCCCUGCGGAGAACAGAGAGCUGCUCAAGAGACCCCCGACUCGCCUCCCUCCUCACCAUUGCCCCUCACCUUCCACAUGUCAAGCAACGAUUAUUUCUGUCUUGGAGGUAGCAAUCCAUAUCAUUCCCCCCAACCUCUUAGUGAAAAAGACAAUGAGUUGUCAAGAGAACCAAGGACUUGGGAGUGCCGUAAUGAAUCGGCGCACAUCUCGCACAAAAAGUGUAAAGCCAAAAGCGAUCAUGUCCGGCGUAAGCACGACAGCCUUGGCCCCGAGCAAAAGGCUACAGCAACCAACCCUAGCAACAAACCGAGGUUCAGUCUUUCUACCAAUGUCCACCCUCGACCCGCGAUUUAUACCAUAGGAUCCACAAUGACACCUCCAGCUAAGAAGGCUGCACGCUCUGCAAGUACAAAAGAACGCACUAAUCUAAAAGCCACCAGGACUACAGAUGCCCACACGCACCCAGAGCCUCUUAAGCCUGUCUCCACAAGGCCCUCAAAAACACGGCCGCCAACUACUAUUACAACUACAACAAUGAGCACGACGCGACGUAUAAUCUCGACGGUUAUCAAGGAGUCCGCUAUUACCACCACUGUAGUAGCAACCAAAGGCACAAAAACUAAAAUGGAAAGUUCAGCACAACUCCAGACCAAAUCAUCCACAACAGUUCCGACAUCGAUCCCCAAGAACAGGACGAACGCAGAUCUUUCGGGCAUCUCAUCUGGGUCACCAGGAUCGGCAAUGGUCAGCCGAGAAUUGCAUGUCUCUCGCAGCAACGCAUUGGAUCGCCGAACAAGACCCGUUUGCUCGAAAAAUACAGUUCUGUCCAGGAAACUAGGCAUGGUUUCAACCACAGCAGGUCAGGAUAUAACAACCUAUAAGACAGCAUCCACAGGCGACUUCCAAAAUAGCUCUUCUAUCAAAAGUUCAUCAACUACCCUGUAUGAGGAAGGCCAAGGCAGCUUGAGAGGCAGUAUACCGGACCAUCAUGAUAUGCAGGAUCCAGUUCACAAGACGUCGGAGGCAACGUCGUACUUUGUUGUAUCAUCAGAGACCCCCCAGAGUACAGACGAUGUUCCUAUACCAGCAGCAACAUUGCCCACGACGCCUUUUCCAACCAGCCUCAAUUCACGCCCUUCGAUAAUAUGCUCAAACGGCAUCCAAAAGAAUCCCGAUGAGCACAUUGUUGGCACGGAGCAACCAGAGUUGGGCUCCAGGUCGCCGUCGCCAUCAAAACUGUUUGCCCAGUCAGUACAGGAAGGCAAAAAAGCGGUACGAGGCAGCUCCCAUAGGCUUUCUGUUCGACAGGGAAGCCGCAGUAGUAUACCCGACAGGUGGCAUGGUAUUCAGCUAUCAACGGCGCAGGAGCAAGGCGGAAGAGAUCCAGGAAAGGGAAGGCAUGAACUGGAGUCAUCGCAAUGGGUCGGAACUUCUACAUUUCUACAAACGCUGCCUAUAUGCAUGCCCGCCAAGUUCCGCGCGUUCUCGUCCGCAGAGACAACGCCCCUGAAGACACCGUCGCCUGGACCAUACCCCAGUGCUGCGCAUUUGAGUGCGACAUUCAACGCUUCACAAUCAUCACUCGAUAGCAUCGCGUCCACUACCUCUGACCACUCUUUGAACCAGGGCCCAAGCAUCUGUGAUCCUGCGCCUCUUAUUCUCGGAUCGUGCGACCCGAUCAUCGCGUUCCAGCAAACUGCUGAAGAACGCCCACCAGAAACUUUGAAGAAACAAAACAUAUUGGAUAUGUUACCGCGAGAGCUGUCAAAGGCGCCCUUGAGGAAUCUCAAUGAUCGUGCGGCUAUGUCCGAUCUGAUGAUGUUCAUGAGGGAAAGGAGACUAUCGAACUUCCGCUCUGAAGCGUCACCAACGUUGGACACCCACUCUAACACCGUCCAUAUCGCCGAGGUACCAGAUAAUUGUAUUCGAGGACUCCAUUGUCGGAUGUGCAAGAGCCCGACGACUGUGACCGAUAACAACACCAUUUGUUGCAGUGGCAUAGAACGAUUUAACGUCGGUAUCGACAUCAGGACCAGUGAUGGUAGGAGCAGCAAUGGUGACAACGAGAGCACAGUAACCAACUACACCAGUCAGGGCUCUCCAAAAACACUCGACUAUAUCCAAGACAAGCCUCCAGGUGCCACAGUCAGUUUUCAGGACAAGAGAGCGUUCCUAAAGCUUCAAGAGACGCGACGUAACAGCUUCGUGAAGAGAAGCCAGCGAUCCUCCGACAGCUCUUGCUACUGCUGCUCGCCCUCACCUCCAUAUCCAACCGCGAAGCCUCUUGGGCAAAUCUCGCCAUAUCUAUCGGAACACUCGCCUGCGUACGCGCAUUCAGUUUCCCAAUGGCGUACCCCCGCUCCUUCCGUGGGUCGUAUUGCUCCAUCAAAGCUGCAGGAUCAGAGGCCUCUCAAGCCUGUCUCUCCCAAAGACAUCACCGUCCUUCAGAAUAUGGAUUAUUCUCCGUGCCGACCCACAUCUACACCCACCCCAUCUCUCUCUCCUACGGCUCCUUCGUCACCAGCACUUUCUGGAUUAACUGUGAGUGCGGGCACAUCAUUUCUGGAUCGUAUAUUUCAAAGUCAAUCAUCCUCGCCAACUUCCCAGCCACGGUAUCCAAAGUCGCUUGGGCCGAUCCUCAACCAACCUGUACAUGAAAUCCGUUUUCCCAAGGACAUGGUGCCACAGAAGCACAGUUCCCUGCUCACCGCACCGUUGGCAAGUCAUUCUCGGCCGGGCACAGAUUUGGACGACAAGUUCACAAUAGGCGAGCCGACCACUUGUUCCGUCCAACAUCGAAACACCUUACGCCAUUCAAGCGGAUCCGUUAUAUCACCGUCCAGAUCAAGCUCAGAUCUGCGUUUUGGCGUGGAUGAAGUGAAGUAUGAAGAGGACCGACACCAACACUGGGAUGCAGUUCCGGGAGAGGCUGUCGAGGAAGCUGAGCCAUCGGCUGGACCCACGAGCAACUUCUCACACGUAUCGAGUCAUUACUGCGCCGAGGACGUGAAAGAGCAUCGCCGUCCCACCAUUCCAGAACAUGACGUAUCCACGCUGACGAAGAGGCUGGCCAACCUCCAGUUGAUGGAUUCGCUAUGCCCAGAUAGUAACUUUCAGGAGCAGCCGCGGCAGGGGAUACCACGGAUGGACUCUGCAUGGUCAUCUCAGAUCCAGCAGCUCCUCAUCCAUCUUGCUGAACAAGCAGAUCUCGAAGAAAAACCAGCACAUCCGUUCAUACCAUCGAGUUGCCUAGUCAACAGGACCAGCGCUGCAACGACCAAUGGCACCUACAGGACACCAGUAGGGUUAUACGAGCAAGUACUGACUGACUGGAUCCGGCGCCUGGACCUCAUCUCGGAUAGUGUUUAUAGAGAUCAUCCGGGACUGAAGCGUGAAGUCGGAAAGAUACGAUGGCAGUAUGACAUUACCAUGAGAAAGCAUCGAUGA